UGCAGAGCCGAACAAGUCAACCUUGAUACUUAUGUUGCUUCUUAUUUCUCAGUGCGUCUCAUAAUUUAAAGUAAAAAUGUAUUUUAUUGGAGUCGAUGUGGGGACCGGAAGUGCGCGAGCGGCGCUGGUCACGGAUUAUGGAAAAAUUGUUAAUUCGGCUGUACAAGACAUUAAAACAUGGAACAACAAAAGCAUUUUCUACGAACAAUCAACGGAGAAUAUUUGGAAUGCUUGUAUUAACUGCAUAAAGAGAAUCAUUUCUGGAAUAGACCCUUCCCUAAUCAAAGGUAUAGGUUUUGACGCAACAUGUUCAUUGGCUGUUUUUGAUGAAAAUGGCAAACCUUUAAGCGUUAGCCCCACGGGACGCAAUGAACAAAACGUUAUACUAUGGCUUGAUCAUAGAGCAGUGGAGGAGGCCGAAUCAAUAAACAAAAAAAAUCAUCCGGUUUUACAAUAUGUUGGCGGUAAAAUUUCCCCAGAAAUGGAAACACCGAAACUUAUGUGGUUGAAAAAGAAUUUAAACAAAGAAUGCUGGAGUAAAGCUGGAUAUUUCUUUGAUCUACCAGAUUUCCUCACGUGGAGAGCUACAGGAUGCGACUCAAGAUCUUCCUGUUCCUUGGUCUGCAAGUGGACCUACGAAAUGUCCAAAACUGGAACAGAAAGCUGGAACAAAAGUUACUUUGAACAAAUAGGCCUUGAAGAUCUGUCCGAAAAUAACUGGAAAAAAAUUGGAUCGACAAUUUUACCUCCUGGAUCUCCAGUGGGUCAAGGACUAUCGGAGCAAUCCGCCAAAGAGCUGGGUCUUCUAAAAGGCACUCCAGUGGGAGUUUCCAUGAUAGAUGCACACGCUGGAGGAUUGGGAUUAGUGGGCUGCCAGGUAGAUGGAGUAGAUGCUGAAUUUCAUACAAGAUUAAGUUUAAUUUGUGGUACUUCCACAUGUCACAUGGCCGUAUCAAAAGAAUGCACCUUUACACCAGGUAUUUGGGGCCCAUAUAAAAAUGCCAUGGUACCCGGAAUGUGGCUAAAUGAAGGUGGACAGAGUGCUACUGGAAAACUUCUGGAUCACAUUAUAGACACACAUCCGGCCACUGUGGAAAUUAAAAAGAAGUUGGGAAAUAUGCAUAUUCAGCAAUAUUUAAGUCUACUUCUGAAAGAGAUUGCCAAAAAGAAAAACAAAAACUCUGUUGCGUUGUUAACUGAAGAUUUGCACGUGUAUCCAGAUUUUCAUGGAAACAGAUCUCCUUAUGCAGAUCCAUCUUUAAAAGGAGCUGUUAUAGGCUUAACGUUAUCAGACGACGAAGAAAGUUUGGCUUUAUUAUAUUUGGCGACUGUUCAGGCUCUAUCGUAUGGAACAAGACUAAUCCUGGAGACCUUAGUUAAGUCAGGUUACAAAGAAAUAAAGUCAACCUUAAUAUGUGGCGGUUUAAGCAAGAACUCACUUUUUACACAAGCCCAAGCCGAUGUUUGUAAUCUGCCCGUAGUUUGCCCCGAUGAAGUGGAAUCGGUUUUAUUGGGAGCCGCUAUUUUAGGUGCUUGUGCUGCAAAUCACUUUGAUUCCGUGACUAAAGCAAUUCAGUCAAUGGGAGGUAAGGGAAAGGUGGUGUUUCCCGAUAAAAAUGUUGUUGAAUAUCACAAUAAAAAGUAUAAAGUGUAUCUUAAGAUGUACGAAGAUCAGUUGGUGUAUAGGAAUAUGAUGAAAUAAACUUUG